AAAACGGCAUUGGGUUUCAUUUUUGGCAAGAAACAGAGCAUUGUUUACAUCGGCUAUCGGCAUUUUUUGCAUUUUUGCACGUGAACAAAGAAUAAAGGGACACAGGACACGAACAUGGUAAUUAUUGGUCAAGUGGCUCCACCUACCGAAGGAGUGGUCUUCACCUCAGACAAUGUGACACUGCGAAUUGAGCAGAACACAACGGUUGGCAAGGGAAAUGUCUACAUCAGCCAUAGUUCCCUUAUGUGGAAACCGGCCAAUGAACCCGAUGGCAUAUCAAUAUCAUGGAAACGUAUUGGGGUACACGGUACUGCUAGUGCCCCAUCAAAGUGCAUUUGUUUUGUGUUGGAUCGUCACAUUUCCUGGCCGGGCAAAACUGAUGGUGGGGUAACCAAUGGCAAUGGUCAGGCUAUUAAAUGCGAAACAAAUGGCGAUGGCAAUGGAAACAAUGAUGAUGCAGAAAACGACGAUGAAGAGGAGGAGGAGGAAGUGUUUGAAGAUGCUGAGGAGGACCAGCUAACGGAAUGUUGGCUUAUACCCGAUGAUGUUAACAUUGUGGAUACCAUGUAUCAAGCCAUGACUGAAUGUCAAGCCUUACAUCCCGACUCCGAUGAUAGCAUAUCGGGUGACAGCGACAUGGAGUACGACGAGGAGGAUGAUGGUGAGGGCGAAUUUGAUGAUGCCGGUGAUUAUACGCAAUCAACUGGCAAUGGUGACAAUGGAGGUGUCGAAACUGCCUGCGCAGGAAUCAACAAUUUAUCUGUUGAUCAAUUUGCCGAUGCCGAGGAAUAAAAAGUGAACACAUACUGGGAUACAAUUUUGGAUGUACACAAUUUUUUUUCUUCGAAAAACGUUGACUUAAAGUCAUCAACUUUGCCACAUUGCAUUUGUUCGACUGAAGCCGAUAUAUUUGUAGUAAUAUCAUGGAAAAUUAUAUAUACAUGCAUUAUUUAUAUGAAAUAAUUACUAAAAUAAAAAUGAAGACUCUUAUUUAAGACCUCACACAAUAGUUUUAGAUUUUGAUUGAUAUAAAAUAUACAAUACAAUAAAUAUGGAAUACAAAGUA